AUGCCUGAACUGGACAACUUUGCCCCCCUGAGGGCUCCCAGAGACGACGAGCUGGGCCUAAAUGGUCCCGCAGACCCACUUCGGAUUCAGCACAGCAUCCUGGAGGAGCAGGUGGAGCUGUGGUGGUUUAGAGAUCCUGGGAAGUCUCUGCUGUGCUACUGCGUGGCCGUACUUCUGAUCCUGGGAUGCGGGCUGGGAGGCGUCGGCCUUCUGUCCACCACCACCAGCGUCUCGAGCGAAUGGCGGCUGGGGGCUGGCACGGCCCUCUGCCUGCUAGCCCUGGGAGUCCUGCUCAAACAGCUGCUCAGCUCGGCUGUGCAGGACAUGAAUUGCAUUCGAAGCCGACGGCGGAUCGACAUGCUAAAAAGUGGCGGUUUAUCAGACCUCCUCGUGGUUCUGAUUACUGGGCUGUCACUGCUGAUUUGUGGAGGGGUUCUACUUCGUCUGGCCCUGGCUAACCACAUGCCGAAGCCUGGCCAAGCCCUUAAUGACAUGUACAUCUCUGGAGUGGUUUUGCUUGCUGGAGGGGGGGCGGCGGUUGCGGGCGUCGGGAUUUACUCUGUUGUGGUGGUCCUGCUUGAACGGACAAGGCACGGACGAAGGUUGGUGGACCGGGUUUUGAAUAUCUUCACCGUUUCUGGACACAUGGACCGUCAGGCUCGCAGAGAGACCACCUCCAGUCUGGCUAAUCUCAUAUGA